UUGAGAUAAAAGCUAAACAUAAAAGUGGAAAAGUAAUAAAAUCUAAUUCACGUUUUAAAUCAUACAUUAAUAUUUUCAAAAUGCCAUUGUACAAAAAUUCCAAAUCGUUGAUAAAAUCGAAAUUUAGACCUCCUCUCUUAAAUAAAACUUUGAAUUGUGAGAAAUCUCUAAUAACGUCGCCGCCUGUUGAAGUUACAGCUAAUAAUGCUGUGAUUCCCUUCGAAGAAGAGAAUGUAUUAAUUCCACAAAAUGUCUCGCCAUUAGCAGCUGAUGAUAGUAACAAAGUUGCUGAAUCUCCUAAAGAAUCUGCUUCAUUUGAAAUAAAAAAAGCGGCCAACAAAGAAGCUAAACAAGACCAAAGACUUAAAGAGAAUGCUCCUAAAAAGCGAAAUAAAGAAAAGCAAAUACAGGAUAAUGGCAAAAAGAAACUUAAGACGCAGUUACAAGCAAGAAGAAAUAAAAUGUUAAGAGAAUUCGAGAAACCAAUAAAACCUGCGAAAAAGAACAAAAAGGAAAAAACUUCAGGCGAUUCUCAAAAUUCACAACUAUCAAUAUCUCAGCAAUAUUUAUUGUUGGAAAAGAUAAAUGAACCUGCACCUCCAGAAAAUGCGAGUCAAGAGGAACGUUUGGAAUGGUUGCAAAAUGAACGAAAUGUUGGGCUUCACGUUCAAUGUGAUGACUGUGAUAAGUUCAGGUAUUUGGCAGAUGUAAUGGACCCCACUGACUUACCAGAGAAAUGGUACUGCUUUAUGAACAAAGAUUGUGAACAUAACUCGUGCGAAAUUCCGGAAGUAAAAAUAUCUGCGCGUGAAGAAGAAGAUUUGAUAUUCAACGAAUAUAAUGCUGGUAGCAUUGUAUGGGCAAAACUUCCACCGUACCCUUGGUGGCCGGCAAUGGUGGACGAUGAUCCUGAUGUCGAGCAGUAUUAUUGGGUGAAAAGCUAUUCCGAUUUUCCAACGCAUUACAACGUGACCUUUUUCGAUUCAGAACUGGUCAGUAGAUCUUGGAUAACUCCCAAAUUCCUGAAAUCAUUUAGAGGAAACGAAAACAUGUUUUCAUUGAAAAACAGUGGCUUCGAAUUACAAUUCUUUGAGCGAUUUGAUGUUGCCAAAAGGCAAGCGAUUGAGGCUUCGUCCUAUAACGUCAUGGAUCGUUUGAAAAAGUUCAGUUUCCUUGCCAGGUGGCCCUACAAAAUAGGCUCAUACCCUGAUGACAACGAAAAGCGUCAAAAAAGAUACAAAAAGAGAAUCACAAACAAUAAUUACAAGAGAAAAACAAGUCGCAUAAAGAAUAAAACAAAGACAACUGUCGAGACGAAAACUGAUAUUGAUGAUAAGAAAACAACUUUCUGCACUGAUGAACAAAAUGAGACAAAUUUGAUAAAUAUUAUAAACGAGGAAAUUGAUAAUGCUAUAACUGAUAAUGCUCCUUCUGUUUCCUAUUCUCCAGAUAUUUCUUUUGAUACUGAUUUGUUUUAA